GCCUUAGCGGAAGUGAUGCAUUUCACGUCCUCCAUCAGCUUAUCCAAUUUGAUAAUGCGAGAUGCCUCUGAACUGUGCCGAACUGACGCAGUGAUGCAAAGCUGAAACUCAGGCGGAUUUUUGGUCAACUUUAAUCGGUUGAAUCGAAAGGUGAGAUGGAUCCAUCCAGGAGGAGCGAAAGCGACUGGCAGGGGCUGCUUAAUGAGUUCCUGGUUUGUAAGCGUAAGCUGGACAGUAAAAAGGAAGCUCUUCUGAUACUGUCUAAGGAGUUAGAUACCUGUCAGCAGGAGAGGGAUCAAUACAAACUGAUGGCCAACCAGCUCCGGGAGCGACACCAGGGGCUCAAAAAGAAGUACAGAGAACUCAUUGAUGGAGAUCUCUCUCUGCCACCUGACAAAAGGAACCAAGUGAAUUUAGCUCAGCUGCUGACGGACUCCAGAGAACGAAGCAGUCAGCUUUCAGAGGAGAUUAAAGAGCUCAAACAGCGACUGCUGGAAGCUCAGGGUGACAACAAGCUUCUGCGGAUGACCAUCACCAAGCAGAGGCUGGGGGAUGAGGAGGUCGGAGCUCGGCAUUUUCCAGCACAUGAGAGAGAAGAUCUUGUGAAACAGCUGGAGCAAGCGAGGGAACAGAACGAGGUGCUGGUGCACAGCGUAAAGUCGCUGACGGACGAGCUCCAGGAUGUGCGAGCCGAGCGGGACGUGUUCCAGCAGAAGGCUCACCGGCUCAACGUUGAAAUGAACCACAUCAUGGGGAACGAUCAGAGCCGAUUCCUGGAUAUAGACGCCCUGUGCAUGGAGAACAGGUACUUGCAUGAGCGACUCAGUCAACUUCAAGAAGAGGUAAACCUGCUUAAAGGAAACUUGGCGAAAUACAAGAGUGCUCUGGAGAGCAGGAAGAACUCUAAAAUGAGCGGCAAACCCAACAGCAGCGCUCUGACUGGAGUUCUUUCUGCUAAACAAGUGAAGGAGCUCUUGCUAUCUGAGGAAAACGGCUGCAGUUUGCCAGUGACUCCUCAGUCUAUCUCAGACCUCAAGUCUCUGGCAACGGCUCUGCUGGAAACCAUCCACGAGAAGAACAUGGUCAUCCAGCACCAACGCCAAAUCAACAAGAUUCUUGGAAACCGAGUGGCAGAGCUGGAGAAAAAACUCAAAACUCUUGAGAUUUCUGGAUUGUGGAGUCUUCCAGGCCUGACUUAUAAUGUAUCUCUUGGAGUAUUUGGAAGAGGAAAAGAUGCCAUCAUCCUGAACACACAUUUACCUGAACAAGUCGAAUCACUUGAUCCUCCCCAACAGGAAGGUGUCGGUGUUUCUGCAACCGUCCCAAACCAAGUCUUUGCAACCCCAGCUGGGUCAGAUUCUCAAGAAGAUGCACAAACGUCUACCAGCCUGGAAACAUCUCAUCUCAACCUUUCAGAGCAGCUGCCGGAGGAAGAACCAGCAAACAACGAAGACUGUCGUAAACACGACGGAUCACAGACGACAGCUUGCACUGUUCCAUUACUGAGUGACUGCGGUCCUGAAGCGGCCUGCCUGUGUGAACCCCACCCACCAUCUAGUCUCAGUCAACGGUCAGAGAGAUCUGAACCAAUCACAGGAAGAGACGAUGAGUCAGAAGAAUGCAACAGGGAGGUAGAAAUGGUCCAAAUAGAGUCUGACAUGAACAGUGAAAUCAAUAACAUUGAUAGGCAGCAGAGGGACAUCCAGUCAGAUCAGGAGGCACACAGUCUUCGGGAAGAUGCUCUCUUGUCUCGUAGCAUUUAGGAAAAGAUCCUGUGGAUCAAAAUCAAGUUUCUUAACUUGGUCAGCUGUUCUUACUUUGGUGAGAUCUCUGUUGUGUCUCUUAUCUCCACCUUUUGCACAUCCUGAUCGCAGGACUGCUGAGCCAUACGUCUGUGUGUGAUUACUGAGCUUCCUGUUUUAAACUGCUGCUAUAACAGCGCCUACUGCUGGCUGUAGGGAUUUUAUUCCCAUCUAUGGAAAAACAUUACAUAAACAUGGAAAAACUAUUUAUAGUAAGACAAAGCACAGAGUGGAUUGUGCUCAAAGUUUUAAUCUUCACAAGAGUUGCUCUGAAACUAGUUCACAGUGAAGGAAAGUGCAUGUGGUAAUAUAAAACCCAAACCCCAUUUUGUUUUUUUUAAUCAUGUAGAUAAUCCUAUAGAUGCUGUCGUCUCUGAAACUAUUGAAAUAGAGACGGUGCUGACCAACUUUGUUAGCACCCUUUUCAAAGACAUCUUAAAAUAAAUUCACCUUUUAUUGCUGUAAUGUAAUCUCUAAAAUACCAAAUUAGUACAUUUAUUGUGUAGGAAAAUGAAAGCAAUUUUAAGAUUUUUUUUUUAACUGGAUCACUGGUAGCCUAAUGUUAGCACUCAUGUUGUCAAUACAUUGCACAACUGCCUUUUUCUGAAAUGGCACACAGUCUUAUAAAUCUUUGCACAAUUUUUUCAGAUCUUCCACCCGUUAUAUAUCUCACCCCGCAGGUUUUUGAUGUCUGUGGACUGCGAUGUCCAUAGCAAAAGACAGAUUUUUUUCUGGCUUUGCAGUUCUGUGUUGAUUUGAGCAUGUUUCAGAUCAUCUUUCUAGCCGUUUUCAAGCAAAGAAUUGUGUUGAAUGUUAUUCCAAUGGGGUCUUAUUGUUAUGCUCUCGUAGCAAAGUUUCCAAGGCUUUAAAAAAAAAAGAACCAGGUCCACAGCAUCACAGAUCCGUCACUGUGAGAGGUGAGUUUCCACCUCUUCAUUCUUACCAACUAAACCCACCUAGAUUGUUUUCUGUCUAACAGCUCAAUCUUAUUCUCAAGCUCUUGCAUGUAAUUGUAAUGGAGACUUGGUAACGCUCAAAUGCCUCCCCUAACCCCAACCGGUGACUUGUUAAAUAUAACUAUGUUAAUUAGUGAAUUAAUGCACUUUUUAAUUUACACUUAUCAGUGUGGCUUUUUAGUCCAUUACCAUGACUCCUGAUAAAUUUUAUGUAAGCAUUUCUUGACCCUGUGCUGUUACAUAAUUUUACUCUUUUUACAGAAGCACCUUAUUGCACAAUAAAAAGGUCAUAACUAA